CCACCCACCGCCUCCUGUCACGUCAUACAUACCACCGGAGCUCGUACCUGCCCUCUUUGCCUCUCAGGUGGUACAAAAGCUCCACGCAUGCGAAGUGACUCACCUUUUUCUCUCUAAGACAUAAGUUCGACUCUUGGGCCCAUUAUGGCGGAUGAUGAUUUCUCCACUGCCGAUGCUGGGGCCUCUACAACAUACCCAAUGCAGUGCUCUGCAUUGAGGAAGAAUGGCUAUGUCAUGCUGAAAGGACGUCCCUGCAAGAUAGUUGACAUGUCUACCUCCAAGACCGGCAAGCAUGGGCACGCAAAGGUUCACCUUACUGGACUUGACAUCUUUACUCAGAAGAAGUAUGAAGAUAUCUGUCCAUCAACCCACAACAUGGACGUUCCAAAUAUAACAAGGAAAGACUAUCAGGUAAUUGAUGUCGCUGACGGUUUCUUGGCUCUCAUGGAUGACAAUGGAGAAACCAGAGAGGACCUUAAAUUACCAGAGGGUGACCUGGGCAAAGAGAUUGAGAGGAGGUUCACUAACGGGGACCAGUUUAUGGUCUCUGUGUUAAAAGCUAUAGAUGAAGAGCAUGUAGUUGGCACUAAGACCAUGACUUCCUAAUAAGUCCAGGACAACGCUGGAGACCUCACGGUCCUAUCCUCCAUUAUGGUUUUGGAGCCUCACCAAAGCUACUGGCCUUUACCCGCGCAUCUCCACCAGUUUCGCAGCUGUCAGCUAAAAUCCAGAAACUGGUCUUGGUCAGCCUCUUCUGUACCUUGGGCUCAGACCUGCCUGGCAUUCUCUUCAAGCAAACAAGUUAUCUUCCCCUUACCACCACAAUAUAACUUUACAAUAUAAUUAUUCCAGUAUUUCCUACCAAUAUUCCAACAAUCCAUAACAUUCCUGUUAGAGUACUGGUAAUUUUUUUUUUUCUCCCCUCUCUCUUUGC